UGCGUAUAUUACAGCCAAUAAUGAUAUUCACUCGUCAGCAGCGAUUUCUGAGACUCUCGGAGACAGCGUACUUGACCGUUCAUAUUUACCUGCAGGAAGCUAACGUCGCAUGGUUCACUGAUGCCCUGUUCCAAGAGCUGCUGCAGGCAGUCAAGCCCAAACUCAAGCAGAAGGCCGCUGAACUCAGGGAGAACAAAAAUCCGGCUGCCAGCAUUUACAAAAAUAGCGCAUUGCAGGUCGCCUUUUACGUCGACAGGCUCGAGUCGUCUGGCCAUCUGCUGGUGCAGGAGCCCCUGGUCAAGUCAGAGUCGCCUGACGCCAGCCAGCACCUGUUCAGCUACCAGCCACUGCGCAGGACCGCCAAUGUGCUUGUUCUUGUGCCCGAGCCGUUCGACGCCAACAACCAAAUCGAGCUACCGAAGGUUCUAAACGUGCAAGUCGAGCCAUAGUAAUAGAUAUGUCAAGGUUACAAUUCUGAAAAUAUGCAAUAGCGGGG